ACCUUCAUUCUUCUCUGCAGCAUGUCUAUUUCGUCUUCUCUUGAUCUCCUUAAACUGAAGGAACAAAUCACCUGUCCCUUAUGCCACAGUAUUUACACAGACCCAAAGACACUAUCAUGUCUCCACUCCUUUUGCCAGUCUUGUCUGGAGGGAGUACCGCCUGAUAAAGAAGAGAACGAGACCUCUUACCUCUCCUGCCCUACUUGUCAUGACAAGACAGAACUACCACGAGGUGGAGUGGAAGGCUUUCACAAAGCAUUCCAUCUCAACAACCUCAAAGAGAUGCACAGCCUCAUGGCAAAAACCGUCACUUGCAACAAUUGCAAUGAAGUCACUGCAGUUGUCUAUUGCAAAGAGUGCAGCAAGUUUUUCUGUGAAGAAUGCAUGCAUGUCCAUAAGAAAUGGAGUUUCUUUUCCAGCCAUCAAAUAUCAAGCCUCGAUGAGGUGUCAGCCUCAGCUUCUGUUGUUGUCCAGGAGCAAGCGAGCCACAUUGAAAGAAUUCUCACUGACCUCACGCAAAGAGAGAAAGAGAUUAAGAAGCAAGGAGAAGCAGUCCAGGAAGACAUUCAUUUGUUUGUACAAGAAGUGAUGAAUACGGUUGAGAAAGAGCUGACAAAGGAAGUUGAUGCAAUAGUUGAGAGCAAAUUGCAGGUAAUAGCUAAGCAGAAAAGGAUUUUUAAAAGCAAAGUAGAAGAGAGCCUGAGCUUACAGCAUGUCUUUAUGUCAGAGGAUGAGCGCAUGAGUGAGAUGACAAGAGGAAUCAAUGUGGAGGAAUUUGACCCAUUAGAAAAAGCAGAUUUAGAAUUUAUCAAGGGGGAUCCAAGCAUAGUCGUACACCAAGUGGGUGAGAUUGUCUCUUACACAGCAUUGCAGCAAUGCAGGGUCAAGGAAAUAAAUCAAGUGAAUCAUUUUCCAGAGAAGAAGAUGAUUUCAUUUCCAUUAUCAAUGGAGGUCCCUGAUUCAAGUCUCCUAACGGUUCCCAUAUCAUCUCUUAGCUGUAGUCUAGUACCAGUUGGUAAAGAUGUAGCUCCCAUUGAAACUACAGUGAGUACUACUUCAUAUCCUGGAGUGUAUCAGAUACAAUGCAGCCCUUUUACUAGUGGUCAUCAUUACGUUGAGGUUAAAGUUCACGAUGUCCAACUGGAAGGUACUUCUUUGGUGGUCCCUUUCAAUCCGUAUUUCGAUAUAAUCAUUCCAGCCCGUAUCAUCACUGGCAUAAAAUAUCCCUGGGGAGUUGCUGUGAGUGAAAAAGGUCAAGUUAUUUUAACAGAAUGCUGGAAUCAUCGCGUUACCAUAUUGGAUGGGAGAGGAAAGAAAAUGAAGACAUUUGGAGGAGAAGGAGGUAGUGGGGAUGUCACGUUUUGUUCUCCUCGUGAUGUGGCCAUUACUCGAGACAAUAGCUCUAUUCUAGUUAUUGACGAUGAUCACAGAAUACAAAAGAUAAGCAUGGACGGAAAGCUCUUAGCAUCAGUUGGUGGAUUGGGCAAAGGUCCUCUAAAAUUCAAUUGCCCUGUUGGCAUGGUCAUAUCUCCAACAGAUGGGAGGGUGUACAUAGCUGAUCACAAUAAUCAUCGCAUUCAAGUCCUCACUCCUGAUUUGGCCUUUUCUCAUUCGUUUGGCAGUAAAGGAUCGAGAGAUGGAGAAUUUGAGAAUCCGCAUGACAUUGCUAUUGAUCGCACCAACUCAGUGUAUGUCGCUGACUAUGGGAAUCAUCGCAUUCAAAAAUUUUCUCCCGAGGGUGAAUUUUUAAUUGGAUUUGGUAGUAAGGGGUGCAGUCCAGGAGAGCUCUUUGAUCCAGUAGGAAUUACAGUAGACACCAAUAGUGGUUUGGUCUAUGUCACUGAGUAUGGGAACCAUCGUGUGUCAGCUUUCACUCCUGAGGGUCAGUUUGUGACUAGUUUUGGAGAUGAAGGUGUCAAUGAGGGUCAGUUUAGGAACCCAAGGGGGCUAUCAUUUGAUAGUGAAGGAUUCUUGUACAUUUGUGAUCUAAUGAACAACAGAUUGAUUGUGUAUUAAACUCAAAUUUUUUUUAUUCUAAUUUUUAAUGAAUUUGUGUAUAAUAGCUUUGUUUAAACCUCACUGCAAGUGCAAUUCACACUAUUAGAGGUGAAAGCAAUCUCAUCAUUUUGUCAUGUCAGUAAAUAAAUUAUUAUUAUUAUAACAGUAAUAUUAUCAUUAUUAUUACAUUAUUAUUAGAAUGACUGUUAAUUAU